CAUAAAAUAUGAAAUUAAGAAUCCACUUUGUUCAUUCUUUAAUGUUGUCAAUUGGGUUUCUCAAGAAAGGGUAAUUGUUUGAUUAAUAAUGUUGAUGGGUCAUUGAGGUUUAAAAAUCAAUUAGGGUUUUUGGAAGAUGGGGUCAUUUUAGAUCUACAAUGAUUUGGUGGGCAUCCUGUUUUAUUUUAUUUGCCUGAAAAAGUGAAGGGUUAAUUUUUUUGUUUGGUGGUUGAUUUUUAGUUGGUAGUACUCAUCACUCUUAACGUCACACUAUAAUAGGCCACAUUUCUUUCAAAAUAUCAGUUGAUCACUUGAUCCUAAGGAGUAGUUAAAGUCUAAAGGAGGAAAGGUAAAAAAAAAAAGCUAUCAAUUAAUUGUAGGGUGACUAGUUGCAACAAAUAAUUGGAGAGAGAGAGAAAGAGAAGUUUGUGGGGGUUGGAUGUCCUGGAAAAAUGAAACAAGUGAGGCAACUCUUCUCUGUAAAAUGAGGUUCAUUUAAGCCGUCUCUGAAUGCUACGAUGAAUCGAAGUUUUGGUAAGAAUUGAGGCGUCGAUCAUGAGGGAUUUGUGCUGCACAACUGCUGAUUGUACUCUUGCUCGUGUUCAUUUGAAUUAAAGUAUAAAUAGCCGAAAGAUCUAGCUUGUUCAGUAGCUUCAGGAUUAAUCUGCUUUUCAAGAUUGUUUCAUGAGUGCGAUUUCGAUGAUGGAAUUGAAUGCAAAGAGCCCCUUCUUGUGGGACUGGGAAAACUUAGUGAUGUUCAACACAAAAGCAACCGAAACACCAAAAAAAUUGCAGUUAGUAGAGUCUGAAAUCGAGGGAAUAGAAGGAUUUGAAGUCGGGUCAUUCUAUUCUUCUGGAGGUCGUAGUGAUGGUGGUACUGGUUCUGAUCUGGGAUAUGCUUCUUCAUCAAAAUCAGCUUCUGUUGAUUCAUCCACAGAUAGAGAGAUCAAAGGAAACCAAUUCUCACAACAGGAUCUUAGAAGCAAGAGAGAUUUGGUUAAUAAUUCUGGGACAACAAUAGAAAGUUCAGUGGCUUCUGGUGAAUCUUUGAUUGCCCUGGAACUGGGGAAAAGGACAUACUUUGAAGAUGUUUCUGGGGUCAGCAAUGCGAGGAAUAAUAAUACUGCUCGAACUUCUUGUAUUCCGCCUGAUUCUGUAGCAAAGAAAUCCAAAUCUUCAUCUCUGGGUACAGAAAGUCCACGUUGUCAAGUUGAAGGAUGUAAUCUUGACCUUUCCUCUGCUAAAGAUUACCACCGGAAGCAUAGAGUUUGUGAAAGCCACUCAAAAUGCCCAAAGGUUGUUAUAAACGGACUCGAACGAAGGUUUUGUCAACAGUGCAGCCGGUUCCACGGGAUGUCGGAGUUUGACCAAAAGAAGAGAAGCUGCCGCAGGCGUCUUUCUGAUCACAAUGCACGUCGCCGGAAGCCAAAGCCAGAGGUCAUCCAAUUCAACUCGAUGAGGCUAACAUCCUCCUUAUAUGAGGGUAGGAAUCAGCUGAAUUUUGCUUUCGACCAGGUACCAAUGCUUCAGAGUAGGCAUGAUACCUGGAAUAGUGGAAGCGAAUCCAAGGUGGUUACGCUGGCAAAACCUGGUUUUUUUACAACCAUAAAAUCCGGGGGUACUGAUACUACUGAUGAGCUGCUGCAUUCAACCCACAAUAAUGGACUGCAAACCCUGGAAACCAAAAUCUCUCCUCACUUAUUUCCAUCUAAGGGUGAUGUCUUCCAUCGAGGUGUAGCAGUGUCGGUGCCACCAGUAUCCAACAACUUGGGUGCAGCUCAAGAUUUCCGUGCUCUCUCUCUUCUGUCAACAAGUUCAUGGGGUUCAUCAUGCAACCCAGAACCUUCCGCACUAAACCAUCAUCCUAUGCACACAAAUCACACCGCCUCUUUAGGUAGCCCGUCUAUGCCUCUGCCUCUCGGUGGCCCGUCCAUUUCAUCGUCAGAGUUCUGGCAAGCUGCUGAUCAGCCAACCGCCUCAGCUAGUCAUGGAUCGACUUUCCAGUUGUUCAAAGCGCCGAAUGAUUCCAGCUUUUAUCUCUACUAAAUUGCAGCUUAUUUGUCUGUCUUAGUAGUAGUAAUUUGCUCCUAAUCCUAGACCAUUAAGUGUAUGGAGUUUUAUAUGGUUAGGUGUUGAGCUUGCUGGUUUAUCAUAUUUUCUGAAAAUUUAGCAGACUAUUCUCAUUUUCUGUAUGAUUGUAGGUGAGGUUUCCGGCAAUUGGUUCUUGUCUGGUUUUUCAAGACUCGUUUACCAACUACAUUAGUAGUAGUAGUAGUAACCCAAAGAAGAUGUAGGGUUGUCGGGUUAUUCUAUGAACCAUCAACUUUAGAAACUUGGACAUGUUAUGCUUUUGUGUGUUUAUUCGUAGUUUUCGGUAACCUGUUUCAGUAUAUCUUGAUUUGGUAA